UCAUUAAUAACACAACACAAUUCCCUCCCUUUUUUUUAUCAUUAAACCAAACAUUUCCCCCUCCCUCCCUCUCUUUUUCCAUUCUCUCUUCUUCCUUCUUCCCCCCUCAUGCAUCUACAUUCAAAUAAAGCCAUAGCUAUCAUAUUGGUAGCAUUAUUGAUAUUUGAUCAUGGAUUUCUAUACGCUAAUGCUGGGUUUAAUUACAAGGAUGCCCUCACUAAGUCCUUGAUGUUUCUUGAAGCCCAGAGAUCAGGAAAGCUUCCCAAAAAUAAUAGGAUUUCAUGGAGAGGAGACUCCGCCCUUGACGAUGGACAGAUUGGCCAUGUGGACCUUGUUGGAGGAUAUUAUGACGCAGGAGACAAUGUAAAAUAUGGAUUGCCUAUGGCUUUUACCAUCACAACUCUUGCGUGGGCUGCUCUCCAUUUCAGCAAAGAGCUCAAAUCAACUGGAGAAUGGCAAAAUAUUUUAUCUGCGAUCCGUUGGGGGACUGAUUAUUUCCUCAAAUGCAGCAUUAGGAAAAACCAAUUAUAUGUUCAGGUAGGAGACCCUGUAGCGGAUCACCAAUGUUGGAUCCGACCCGAGAACAUGAAGACUCCGAGAACCCUUUACAAGAUCAGCAAGAGCAUGCCCGGGACCGAGAUUGCGGCCGAGACGGCGGCGGCCAUGGCAGCGUCGGCGAUGGUCUUUAGAACGAUCGACCAUCCUUAUUCCCGACGGCUGCUUAACAAAGCAAAAUUGCUCUUUGAUUUUGCGAAGAAUUAUAAAGGAACGUACGAUGGAGAGUGUCCCUUCUACUGCUCUUUCUCAGGCUACAAUGAUGAGCUAUUGUGGGCUGCUUCAUGGUUGUAUAUAGCCACAAGAAGGGUAGCCUAUAAAAAAUUCAUCAGUUAUGAAGCCAUGAGCUCUAGUGUGGCUGAGUUCAGUUGGGAUCUCAAAUUUUCUGGUGCCCAAGUUCUUCUCUCCAAUACAAACCUCACAGCUCAGGGUGGCCUUCUUGAAUUCAAGUCACAAGCUGAUAAUUUUGUUUGCCAAAUACUACCAGACACUCCUUACAGAACAAUUAGAAUCACACCGGGUGGAAUGGUUCAUCUAAGAAAUGGAGCCAAUACACAAUAUGUAACAGGAACCGCAUUUUUGUUCAUAAUUUAUGGUGAUAUUUUGUCAAAAAGUCAUCAAACAGUGACUUGCGGACAUCAACAGAUCAAACCAGCUAGAUUAGUGCAGUUUGCAAAGCAACAGAUGGACUACCUCUUAGGUAACAAUCCAAAGGGCAGGUCCUACAUGGUGGGCUUCGGCAAGGACUCUCCGACCCAGGCCCACCACCGCGGCGCAUCGGUCCCCGUACUCGCGGACGGCACCGACGUCAACUGCGGCAUGAGCUUCGUCCGCUGGUGCAACAAGGACGUCCCCAAUGUCCACCAGCUCACCGGAGCCAUCGUCGGUGGGCCCGACGCCGACGACGAUUUCGAGGAUAAGAGGACCAGCUCGUCCUAUACGGAGCCUUGCACGUAUAUAAAUUCUCUCGCCGUUGGGCCGCUGGCGAGGCUCGCCGUUCUCGGGUCUUCAUGAGAGAUUGUUUUGUAUAUAUAACAUUUUGUUAGCAUUUAGAUUCACCAGUUGUUGUUCUUGGAAACUUUUUUAAUAGCAUUUUUGUCACGCCUCUGGCCCACGGGCCCGUUGCUGAAUGCAAA